GUGUAGACCAAUUCUUUACUAUUUAUCUUCAUAUGCCAGAACCAAAGCUUUCUGAUUCUCUUAAAACAAUAAGUGACCAAGGGCCCCGUAGAAACUCAAAGGAUAGCCAAUCAAGUACUAUCCAUGAUACCUACCUUAUCGAUGAGCCCGAACCUGAUCAAGAACUCGAGCAAUACCGAGAACAAAUUCGAGGACAGUUGCCUCCCGGUGUCCUUGCCACAAGAACCUUGUCUGUUCAACCUUACCCUUCACAACAUGCAGACCUUGAAGCUGUCGCUUCUCGUAUCAUGUCACGCCACUCUGAGAAACAUAAUUUGAUGCAUUAUGUGAAUUGGGAUGUCAAUGAUCCUGAAUGCCCAUACAACUGGAGCCCAUCUUAUCGUUGGUUUUUUACUAUCUGUGUCGCCUCGUUAGUUGUAUCGGCCGCUUUUGGCUCGUCUGUUAUCACAGGUGAUCUCUAUGGUGUCUCUCGAUCGUUUGGCUGUUCCCAAGAAGUAGCCAUCCUUCAAGUAUCCUUAAUGGUCUUUGGUUUCAUGAUUGGUCCUCUUCUUUGGUCACCACUUUCUGAAAUCUAUGGUCGUAAACCUAUCUAUAUUGUUGCACUCGGUAUCUAUACCAUCUUUAACAUUCCUUGUGCUGUUGCCAAAAACAUUGAAACUGUCUUGGUCUGUCGUUUCUUUGGUGGUUUUUUCGCUUCUGUCGCACUCACUUUGGCAGGUGGCUCUAUCUCUGAUCUUUUCCCUACAGAAACUCGUGGUAAUGCGAUUGCUUACUUUGCUGCUGCUCCUUAUGCUGGUCCAGUGCUAGGUCCUAUUGUAGGCGGCUGGGUUGGUGUUGGUACCGGAAACUGGCGAUGGAUCUAUUGGGUCAAUAUGAUGUUCGCUGGUGUCGUCUGGAUUAUAAUCUGCCUUUUGCCUGAAACGUAUCAUCCUAUUCUUUUAGCUAAGCGUGCUAAACGCAUGAGAGAAGAGACAGGUGAUCCUACCUAUAUUACUGUCGAGGAAGAAAUCCCCAUUACCUUUUCUGAAAUUGUUCAAACCAAUUUGGUGCGUCCAUUUGUCAUGCUGGCUACUGAACCCAUCUUGUUGUUGAUGUCUUUGUACAUUGCAGUCAUCUAUGCUUUAUUGUAUGCCUUCUUUUUUGCUUAUCCCAUCGUCUUUGGUGAAGUCCAUCACAUGAACGAUGGUGAAAUCGGCUUGACUUUUAUUGGUAUCCUUAUUGGUGCUGCUUUUGCCUUGCUCCUCACCCCACACUUCGAACGCAUAUAUAUCAAGACUAUCACGGCCCGAGGCAAGCCUUUACCUGAAGACCGUCUUGUGGGUAUGAUGUUUGCUGCUCCUUGGGUCCCUGUCUCUCUCUUUAUUUUCGCUUGGACUUCUUUCCCUUGGUGUCACUGGAUUGGCCCUGUCAUUUCCGGCCUUCCUUUCGGUUUCGGCAUGGUCUUGCUUUACUACGCUGCCAACAAUUACAUUAUUGAUUGCUUUUCUCGUUAUGUCACCUCGGCCUUGGCUGCAAAGACCUUGAUUCGUUCUGGUUCAGGUGCUGCUUUUCCUUUGUUUAUCAAUCAAAUGUAUCAUCGUUUAGGAAACCAAUGGGCAAGUACUUUGUUGGCUUUUAUCUCGUUGGCUAUUGUGCCUAUUCCUUUUCUCUUUUAUAAAUGGGGUGCUUCUAUUCGUGCCAGGUCCAAGAAUGCCUCUUAAGAUCAUAGACUUUACUCAUUUUGCAUAGACAUUCUAUUUAUUUAUUUUUAUCUAUAUCUCCCUUAAUCACAAUAAAAUAUGAUAUUACUAUGAACACGUAUCGGUUAGGAAACUACCUUGCAUGUAUGUCAGUAGACGCAUGUUCA